CACACCGGCUUUGCACUGCAGAGCUGCAUGCUGAAUUUGCCCGCUGAGCUUCAUUUCAGACAAGCGAAAGCAGCAGCGGCAGCAGCAGCAGCAGCAGCAGCAGAGGACAAACUAGUGGAGAAAAAAAAAAAAAAAAAGAAAAAAGUCAAGUCCUCAAUGGCACCGGCGCAUGGAAACUGCAAAGGAAACACGGGGAGUUCAGACUGCGAAAUGAAAGGCAAGUUCAAGAGGAAGAGGAGGAGAAGGUGUAAAAGCAAAGGACGGAGUAACAUGCUGUCUGCCCUCAUCAGUCCCAUGAGGCACCGAGACGCUGGAGCCACAUCAGCUGAGGACGCAGACAAUUCAAGUACAAGCAGUCUGGAGGUGAAAGAGAACCAGGACCAUAAAAACCAAGCGGACUGCGACCUACUACGAAAAUAUCAUCCAUCCACCUUUUGCACAACCAUCCCCAGACGCGGGACAAGAACCCUGAAGAGGAAGCAGCCACUGAUGGACGGAAAAGAUCGAUUCUUCUACCAAAGCCACCUGACUUGUAAGAGAGCGGCGUGGGCCGUGACGCAGAAGAACGCCUUGGUCCAGCUGAACGAGCUGCAGCCGGGCCUUCAGUACGAGAUCAUGUCCAAGACGGGUCCGCUCCAUGCUCCCGAGUUUUCCAUCGGCGUGGAGGUGAACGGUCUCCGCUUCGAGGGCCGAGGCCCGACAAAGAAGCAGGCCAAGAUGAGGGCUGCAGAGCUGGCCCUGCGCUCCUUCAUCCAGUUCCCCAAUGCCUCCCAGGCUCACGCCGCCAUGGGCAAUUUCCCCAGUGCCCCGAUGGAUUUUACAGCGGAUAAACUGGACAUCCCUGACAUGUUCCUCAAAGAAUUUGAGCCAUCGUCCCACGAAAACUGUGAUCUCUUGCGUUGCAGCACGGGUAAAAAGGAGGUCCUCUCCAGCAUAUACAACCAUAGACGACUCGUUCGACUCACUCUGGACCUGCUUUCUACGACGAAUUCAAAAAGACAAAGACAAGCCCUUAGCUCUUCACUUUCAGAGCGACUCGGCCCGGUGGCGCUGCUCGAUGAGUUGCAGCCAGGACUCAGGUACAUCUGCCUUACGGAGCGGGUUCAGGGCAGGCCAAUGAGGAGUUUUGUCAUGGUGGUGUGUGUGGAGGGGAGGGUGUUCGAGGGCUGCGGCCACAGCAAGAGGCUGGCCAAGGCCCAGGCAGCGGCAGCGGCACUACAGGCCCUGUACAACAUAACCCUGGGACCAGAGAGGAGCGCGCUGGGCCUCACUGCCAGCAGAGCCAAAAACCAGCUACCUCGGUGCUUUGCAGAGUCAAUCUUCCACCUGGUGAGGGAGAAAUACAGCGAGCUGACAGACAGUUGCUGCUCUACCUCGCACGCCCGUCACAAAGUCCUGGCAGGGAUCGUAAUGACCAGAGGAUUUGACCUCAGGUCGGCCCAGGUUGUGUGUUUGGCCACGGGGACGAAGUGUGUGGACCCGGGCAGCGUGAGCGAGCGGAGCGCCACGCUCAGCGACUGCCACGCCGAGGUCGUUGCCAGGAGGUCGCUGGUUCGAUUCCUCUACUCUCAGCUGGAGCUGCUGCUCUGCAAGCGGCCCGACGGCGCUCAGCAGUCCGUCCUCGUCCCAAACAAAGGCUUCGGCUUCAGGCUGAGAGACGGCGUCCUCUUCCACAUGUACAUCAGCUCCUCGCCGUGCGGGGACGCUCGACUCAACUGCCCCUACGAGACCGCCGCCGCCGCGUAUGUCAGCAGCCACAGGUGGGUGAGGAGGUUUCGCUAUCACCUCAGGGUAAAGGUGAACGGAGGGGAGGGGACACUUCCUGUCACGGCACGGAGAGCCAAUCAGAAAUGGCACGGGGCGUCGCCGGCCGAACCUCUCGUCACCAUGUCCUGCACCGACAAAAUGGCAAAGUGGAGCGUGCUGGGCCUCCAGGGGGCGCUGCUGUCCCACAUGGUGGAGCCGGUGUACCUGCACAGCCUGACCGUGGGGACGCUGAGCCACACGGGUCACCUGGGCCGGGCGAUGGCGCGGCGCCUCGGCCACAUUAACCACCUGCCUUUCCCUUACCGCCGCCACCCGCUGCUGCUCGGCUGCCUGAGCAGCAGCGAGGUGCGGCCGGCGGGGAAGGCACCCAGCCUCAGCGUGAACUGGAGCUUUGGCGACGGAGGCCUGGAGGAGAUCAGCACCUCCACCGGCAGGAGGAGAGACUCAGGGACGCCGUCACGGCUCUGCAGGCGCUCCCUGUUCAGCCGCUGGCAGAGGCUGCAGCAGCAGCUGAGCGGUCGGCUGCCGGGAGCAGAAGCCGCCAUGAGGUCGUACGCCGGCUCCAAGAUGGCCGCCGGGCGCUACCAGAGAGCCAGACAGCAGUUUGCCGCGGCUCUGCAGGACGGAGGGCUGGGAACCUGGACCAGAAAACCGCCUGAGCUGGGCCACUUCCACGUCAGCCUGUGAAAGCAAAGCACGUGUGUGAAGGACUGUGUGUGUGUGUGUGUGUGUGUGAGGCAUCGCAUUUGAGCAAUGAAAGUGUGUGUGAGUGUGUGUGUCGACAACAGCGGUUGCAAGCAAGGCAAAGAUUGUCCACUCAUUAUCUCUGAGCAGCAGCGCCACGUGGACGAGGCCUGACGGGACGGCUGACGACGUGACCCAGAUAUGCAAAUUUAUGCAAAUGAGCACCACAGUCUUGCUGAGGGGGAAAAAAAACUUGAAGUUGUGCCCUGCAAAACUGCCAAAAGCUGAUUGAAACGACGACCGUUCACACUUCACAGCUGACAAAAAAAUGCAAAUUAAAUCAGCUGUCAUGCUAAUUGGAUGUUUUUGUGAGCUGAGUCAGUUUUUAACAGCGCACCUGAAAAACUGUCGCUCUGUAACGUUAGCUUAAACUAGCUUUAUCUCUGUUAGGCUAAACAUGUAGCCUCAUAUUAGCUUGCUAGCCUAACCAGUCACAUUUAAAUAGCUGUAGCCGCUUAGCUAGCCACAGCAACUUGAAUAACUCUCAUGAUUAAGAUUAGAUUUUUAAUAACGUACCUUCAAUGAGGGUAAAAAUUAAUGAGAAAAUGAUAAAAUGCAAGCUUGACCCUUAUCAGUCAUGUUCAGCUGCUCAGAAAGACUGAACCUGAAACCGCCAAAAUCCAGCAAAACACCCGCAACCGACCGCGACGCAACACAGAGCGCUUCGUCUGCGUGCGCCGUGAGUGCUAAAGGAACAGUUCACCCAAAAUAUUUACAUGAAAAACAUAUUUUUUUUCCCACUUACUCCUCGUCCAGGCUGGCCAUGCAGAUAGCUGCUGUGUGAUUUGGUGAGGUUUCCGCACACUGGUCAUUCAGAGGUGGAUGGAUACAGCUGGUGUUCUCAGGCAGAAAAUAGUUCCCAACUAGACUCUUAACCCCCGAGGGGUGGGGUUUAUGCCGGAUAUCCAUGCCAUUGUUUUUGGAAAAUAAACAACAGCAAAAAAAAAAAAAAAAAAAAAAAAAUCCAGCUCCAUUGUAUCAAGGUGAAGAGGAACAGUGGAAACGCCGCCAAAUCACACAAAAAAUGAAUAGAUUGCACUAAGUGGGAAAAGAUCUUUUUUUUUUCUUGGGUGAACUGUUCUGUUUAAAUUUAUGUGUGUGUGUGUGUGUGUGUGUGUGUGUGUGUGUGUGUGUGUGUGUGUGGACAGGGCUGAAGUUAGGUUUAUGUGAGCGAGUGAGUGAAUGUGUUUAUAUGUGUAAAGACAAAGUAUAGGGUGUCAGAUUGAGUGUGUAUGAGUGUGUGUGUGUGUGUGUGUGUGUGUGUACAUGCUGCCCCAAUGCGAAUAGCAAUAGACGCCCAAAGAUCAUCCAGUCUCACCUUCACACUCCAAGCGCCAGUCUUUCAGUGACAUCAUCAUCAGCCUCCUCUUCCUCUUCCUAUUGAAUUUCAACGGACAUUUACAUCCUGUUCUUAAUUUUUUUCCGUUUAUGCUCUCUCUCCCCUGAACCGUCUCACUAAUGUACAUUUGCUGUAAUUGGAUGUCUCGACUUUCCAGUGUUGUGUUAAUUUCAACAACAGUGUUAUUCUACCCUCUAUCCUGCAUCUGUAACAGCUUUGAAACCUGAGUGCAUGAGGCUCAGUCUGAUCGCACAGCACCACCUAGUGACAGAAAGCCUGCAUUACAUGUCUCAAUAUUUGACUACGAGGGGGGAGGAUGUGCAUUAUAAUUUCACCAAACCUAAAUUUUGAAGAAUGUAACCCCUCAUUUUCACUCCUCCACAUCUCUGCUCUUGUUUCUCAGCUAUUAGUUUUGCUGCAAAAAGUCCUGAAGGCUGUUAUUUUACCAGAAAUCGUGUGUUUCCUCUUUUGUAGCCCAUAUCUUCUCAAUGUUUCUUUCCAGAUAUCUCACUUUCCUGAGCUAGAAAAUGUACAUGAAUGCAGUGACUUCAACAGUAUUACUUAUUACGGUGACAUUUUAUUAGAUAUGCGGAAUGUAUGUAGCCUAUAUUGGUCCUAUUUUUACCAUAUUGGAAAUAAAUUUACUAAUUUGUGUUA